UUCGUUUUGACUUUGCGGCGCCGGCGGCACUUGCUGUUUGAACUUUGUUUUUGUCUGUUAUUGCGGAAAGAUAUGACUUCACUUGGAAAACUGUUUACCCCAGAGCUGUAGCUUUCGUCGAAGUCGGCUUCGCAAUGAAUAUAGCGUACGAUGUUACUUCUGAAGCGUGUUCCGGAGAUGACGAACCGUGCUCAAGCGAGCGCAGUCCGUACCAAAAGCGCAAGCGUACGACGCUUACGGCGGGAGAAAAACGUGAAGUAUGCCUGUGGAAACGCGAUCACCCGCGGUCUACUCUGCACGAUGUCAUGCUUUGGUGCCGCAUUAACCUUGGGACGGACAUCGGCAAGAGCUCCGUGUCCCGCAUUUUGCAGGAGAGCGACAAAUGGAUCAGCACGACGCCGGAUGCUGUCAACUCGACCGACUCGAGAAAUUCGCUUGGGGCCGAUAUGGAAAAGUCCCUCUUCACGUGGCUCCAAGAUGCGCGCUCCCGUGGAGCCUACGUAAGCGAUGCGAUGAUCGCUGAAAAGGCCCGCGCUCUUGGAAAGCACCUCAAAAUGCCUGAUGAUUUCCGCUAUUCAAGAGGUUGGCUGCAUCGUUUCAAGACAAGGCACGGGAUCUGUAAUAACAGACCAGAUGGAAGCAGCUCACCUAAGUCUGCUAACUGCAAGGAUGCAUCCAAAGAGUUGCCAGGUAGCACCAGCCAUUCUCAGCUGCACACACUUCUUGCAGACUACACCCUGAACAAUAUCUAUCACAUGCAAGAGAUGGUUCUCUCCUACGCUGCAUUGCCAGCAAAAGGAAGUUCACGAGAGAAGCAGCGAUGCAAUAAACAGAGGCUUUCAGUUGGACUGCUUUACAACCUAUCAGGUUCACAUCGCUGGAGACCCAUUGUUGUCGGCGGCGCAAAGCGGCCCCACAGUUUUGGAACCCUUUUCAAUCCUGACAUAUAUUGCGACUACAGCUGCGAGCCAGGAAUGCGCCUGUCUGCAAGCAUUCUCAUCUCACAGCUGAAGAGUUUGGAUGCAAACCUGUGCAAGGAGAAACGUCGUGCCGUCAUGUUAAUUGACGAAGCGAGGACCGAUGUUUUCAGUGAUGUGAACUUCUGUAACCUGCAGGUGCACUUCUUACCUUCGCAGUGUGUCUCUGGUAUUGCAACUAGGGGUAACUCUGUAAUUCACGGCGUGAAAGCACUAUACCGGAGAGACCUUUGUGCUGCACAGUGCUAUGUGUAAGGAUGCUGAACUGAAGACUGAAAUCAGUGUUCGCUGGGCACUUCGAACGCUCUCACAAGCGUGGAUGUCUCUUCCAUCUCAAGUUAUCACAGACUUUUGGGGCCAAACAGGCCUUCUACCAUUCCACCAACCAGAGGGAACAGCUAAUGACACAUAUCAGUGCUUAGUUCAGGAACUGCAGGAACUCUUGGACAAGGUUUACCCUCGUACGGCUGGUGCUGAAGCAUAUAUAAGUGUUGAUGAUUGUGAUUACGAGGAUGGGAGCCUGCUCACAGCCUUCCACGAGCAGCCAGAAUCAUUUGCCUCAAUUCUGGAACCAAACCACAUUGAUGCUUGGAGGAGUCUGCACACACUGAUCACGUAUCUCGAACAAGGUGGAGACACGAGUGCUGUACGAGAGCUCUCCAAGUUAGAGAGGAAAUUGAAUGAGAAGGUUCUGAAGUAGAGUUCAAAGCCAUAAGUGGUUUUCACAUUAAAUAUUUUUAAUUGUA